UGUUACCAUCAGCCAGCUCCAUUAUGAAUUUAGCAGACAGCCAGGACCGCGCGGCCUUCCAGACCAUCAUGAAGAUGAAGGAAGAACCGAUGGAUGUGGAAUCCGUGGACUCAAACAAAGAGGAGGAGGAGAUAGACAUGGAGUUAAGUGGGGUGUCAUCAGACGAGAGUAUUCCCAAGGAACCGCCCAAAAAGGAGAACCUGGACCCUCGUCAGAACAUCAAUACUCUGUUACAACGCCAGGCGAAGUUCCUAGAGAGUUGUCGCGAGGUCAAGACUGUCGUAUCUAAAUGCCCUGUCCCAGCUGUGCCACACCUCCACAGACCUGGGCCACGCCUCCUGGGUGGACUCUUUUCCACGGAUCUGGAAAAUUCUCUCCGACAAACAACAACAGAUGUUAGGAGGAGAGCUGAUACCGUUUAUGUGUAGUGGAAGUCAUGUUAUACAGAAAGACUGCCAUCCAUCUUCUAUACACACAUUCCUGGAGGGACUGUCCCACUGUGUCCCCCCGGUACACAU